GAAGUUCAGAAAAAUUCGAUGUUGUUCCGCGCAUUCUGUUGAGCUUUUGCGUGUGAAAAGCCCGCUGUCCGCGUAGUUUAGUGACACCCAAAUGGCGGAUGAGCUUUUGAAUGACGGGGAGCUAAGCCCCGGGAAGGGAGGUGAUGGGGACCAAGAAUUUGAACCUACAGCUGAUAUGUUAGUUCAUGAUUUUGAUGACGAACAAACCUUAGCUGAAGAAGAAGCCAUAGCAAGUGCCGGUGGAGAAGAUCCGCAAAAUGAGUUAAACAACUUGCAAAAACCACCUGUCCAUACUCAGCCAAAUUUAGCCCUGACUAAAUUGUCUUCUACGCAGGAGUCAGAUAUGCCUAUUGAACAGCUACUCGCACUUUAUGGCUAUGGAGACAGAGGUAGUGGCAAUGGAAAUGGAGAAGUAGCAGCACCAACGGAUGCAAGACUACCCGAAGAAGAAUUGGAUGAGGAAAUGGAAGAAGACGAUGGAGAAGAAGAGGAGGAUAAUGACGAUGAUGAGAGUGUAGAAUCUGAAAGUAGUUCUUCGGGAAAUGCAAUCUCUGCUAAUAAGAAGGACCUGCAUGCGGAAGAUUCAAUAGCGCAUCCAUGUGAAGAAGCAGUUCAUCCUGUCAAGAAUAACGUUGAUAUCAAACCCCGCUCCGACCUACACCUUAUUUAUUCGAACGAAGAAGGUAAUGUUCCCGAAGCAAGACUGCUUCGAUCGUCAGGAGCAGCCGGUGCCACUGCAUCGGAUGAAGAAGCUGACGAAGAGGAUGACGUUGAUUAUGCACCAGGAGAAGACGAAUGGCGAAAGACGAUCAUGAUCGGCUCAGAGUACCAAUCCAGCGUUCCCUCUGGAUUGAGUCCUUACGACAACCUCCAAACGGUGCCUUAUGAAAAUGAAGACAAACUAUUAUGGACUCCUUGGGUCCUUGAUGACACUGUCACGGACGAAUAUCUGCAGCGCUGCGCUCAAAUUCAACAGGAACUAAUGAGGAGUAAACUCACUUCAUCUACUACCCAACCGCUGCAGACACUUGCUCUACUGGCUAGCCUACCCAUGGGGGCUCACACAAGAGAUGACGAACAGGCAUUGCAUCAGCUAUUGCAAUGCGGACACAACGUCGAAGAAGCCUUGCGAAGACGAAAAAUGAGCAAUGUGACACCAUGCGACACGGUCUCCCUGUGGUCGGAGGAGGAGUGUCGGAAUUUUGAAUCCGGUCUGCGCGUAUUCGGCAAAGAUUUCCAUCACAUCCAACAGCAAAAAGUGCGAACGCGUUCCGUAGGCGAAUUGGUCCAAUUCUAUUACUUGUGGAAGAAAACGGAGCGGCACGACGUGCUGGCCAAUCGGGCGCGACUGGAAAAGAAAAAGUAUGCCCUCCAUCCGGGUACGACCGACUACAUGGAUCGUUUCUUGGACGAGCAGGAAUUACAAGGUACAACCGCUGCCGCCGCUCCGCACCACUUCACCCGUGAGCGGAGUAAUUCGCGCAGCAGCUCGCCCAAUGUCCAUUCCUUGAUUUACGGAGACCCCAAGCGAUUACGGGUGACGGCCACGCCACCUGCUGCAGGCGGUGAGGAUGGCGCUCCAAAUGGAUUACCCGUGGCUGGCGAUGAGGCGGGACUUCUUGAUGGAGCGGACGAAAGUAACGGACAAGUCCUAAGCGCUGCCGCCGCUGCUGCCGCCGCCGCCGCUACUGUUCUCCCUCCUCCAUCAGAUGCCAUGACCGCGUCCAACAGAGACUUGAUGAGCUGAUUCCUACCCGUUAACAAUUUUUUUACAAACCACCUUUUUUAAAUUAUUCCUGUUGCACUCGAUUCCACCUCGUAUCUCUCCAGUCCUUUUCUAUCUGUUACUUUCGUAACACGUGAAGAAAAUCGCAAAAAAAAAAAUUAAAUGAAGAGGAGAUUAUUAUUUUUUUUUUUUUAAUAGUUGCAUUGAAACUGAAAUUGGGGACCUGCUGCUGUUCAAACUCACCAGCUGAUUCAUUUUGAAUAACAAAUAAGAGGCUCUAGUGAUUUUUCUUCUUCAUUCAGUUUUUCGGUGACGUCCAAAGCGAUCCGUCAUCAUUUUAGCCGUUGUGGGCUUGUUUUUUUUUCUUCUUCUUCUUCUUUUUUUUUUAAUGAUUGUUUUCUCUUUUGUUUCGGCUAUUGCAGUCGGAUGGUAUGACCCGAGUAUCAGUGUUUCUCUUGUGUGUGCGUGUGCGUGUGGCCGUAAACUUCUCAUUGCCACCUUCGCUCUCCCCCGUCGCUCCGUUUGACUUCGAUUUUAUUCCAUGAAAUUUUCCUUUUUUUUUUUUUUUUUUCUUGUUCUUUUUUUUUUUUUUGGGGGGGGAGCAGUGGCACAGCAGGAGGAUGGGCUUACCAUGUAAAUUGGUAAAGAUCAUGCCAUGUUGGUAUUGGCGAAUCGUAUAAAAAUAGCUGACGUCUCUCUCUUUUUUUUUUUGUUUGGUUUUUUGUUUACCAGCGUGCAACAAACCCUAAUACAAUCGAAAUUAAAUUUUUUUAAAAAAAUAAAUAACAAUGAAAUCGA